GAUCCAGCAGGUUUCUGGAGCAGUACUGUGCCACUGUGUUACCAGCAUGUCCGUCAAAAACCGCAAAGUAUCCCCACUCUGUCAGCUCCCCUCUCAUCUGGGGCAUGCAGGUGUGGGCAUCCUCCAUCUGAGCCCUCCAGCCCUGCAUGCUCGCCAAAGCGUAGUUCACUGACUUAGACCCCCCCUCCGACACAUGCUUCUCUAAGAUGGGACGCUCCAGGUACGGGCUCGGCAUCAAGUCAUCCUCAUCCAAAGAGUCCUCCUCCCCGGGCCCUGCUUCCCUGGACCCCCCUUUGAAAAAGAAGGUGACCAUCUUCUCCGUCUCUUUGACCAACUGGCGGAGGAAAGAGGGCACCUCCACAUUGCUCGCCCGCCUGGCCGUCCUCAUCACCUCACGGAGCCUGUGCUCAAGCUUCCUGCUCGACCUGGCAGCAGCACGUCUCCUCCUGGUGCCCCUCCUCCGGCCCUUUGUUUUCCUCAGCAGGUCCAGCGCAACAGUUAAGCUGUGUCACUCCAAGCCGCACUGCUGGAUAAUCACCUGGCCCUCAAGGCAGCCAAGAUGACCUGUGUCUGCACACACGGAUUAUGAGUGUGACGUUUUACACAAUGAAGAGGGAUCCCAUAGUCAGUUCCUGUGCCUAUAAGAUCCCGACAUGGAAUCACGUGAUCAGGGUGAGAGGGAUACAUGGACAAAGAAUAACUAUGAAUCAGUGACAACAGGCUCAGACAGACACAGGGACACACUCGCGCUCCUCUCCCUUUGCUGUAGUCACACACCACUACCGCUGCAGUCAUAACAAUACAAGAGGAGAUGAGGAGAGGAGGGAGUAGAGGGGAGGAUGGUGGAGUGAGGCAGGGCGGGGCUGCUGAGUGACAGAGCGAAAGGCAGGAGAGGGAGGAAGCUGCUCAACAGACGACCGAGAAACAGAAGGAGGAGGAGGAGGGAGAGAGAGCGAGAGAGAGAGUAUGUGUAUCCACAGGGUGUGAGUGCCGGCAGCAGAGGAGGGGGGGGGCUUCCAGACUGGAUGGGCCCAGCGAUGUCUUGAUGGAGUAUGGGCCAGGUUUUAGGAUUCACCCACUGCCAGGAAUAUGGCUCCGUGGCGUCCACUCCAGACUCAACGCCUCCGUGCACCGAUGGUGGAAACGAGGAGUCAGAGAUGUAUGAGCUGCAAACAGCCAGGGAGUGGUCUGACGAUGAGGUGGGUGGAGACGGAGAUCCGGAUGAGGAUGAGGGACUGGCUUCAUCUCCGUCCGUCUGGGGCACACCGCGUCAGAGCUCCGUGGAGCUGACUUUCUCUUAUUUCGCCAUCGCCGAGGCCGAGGCAGUGGGAGCCUCACGACACCUCCGUGACCGACGCAGGGGCGGCCCUCGGGGAAGUCGCAGUCCUCUGGUCCGCACGGACACUUUGGAAACACUGUUGGACUCCCCCGAUGUAGACUGGGACCCUCAACCCUUCCUCAGUCAAGAGGAAGAAGAGGAAGCCUCACAAAGGAGAGAGCAGGAGAGGGUGGAGCCGAGGACAGCGAGUGCAGCGGGAAGCAGGGAAAGAGAGGAGCACAGACAAACUGAGAAUAUUACAAUUCAGUCCUCCCCCCAAAAUCUGGACCCAGAAACUGAGGGGAGAGAUGCAGAAGUCCAAAGAGAAGAGAUUCAAAGCAGUUUGACCGAGACUGUCCAGCCUCCCUCUCCGUCCCCGUCUUCACAGCAGCAGAGCCCCAUACAGAUACUCCAGGCAGCAGCCUCGCCAGCCCCCGAGCCAGAUGCUCCCGUCGCCAGCGAAACCAUCUCUGUCAAGCUGCUCACAUCUGUGCGACCCAGAGGCCCAGCGUCCUCGUCGCCAGCUCCCAUUGGUCUAAACUCUCAGGAACAGCUGGUCAGCGAACACUGGUUCUCAGCACUUAACCUAUCAGAGGACCCGACAGUAUGCACCCACAUAGCAGUGAUGGACCUGGUCUACUGGAAGGACACAGAGCGAACAGGCAUGGUGCUUACAGGGCUGGUGGUGGGCCUGCUGUCCCUCUUCCAGCUCAGCAUCAUCACUGUGGUCUCCACAGUCUCCCUGGCUGUCAUGUGCUUCACCAUGUCAGUGCGCAUCUACUACCAACUCCUCUACAUCCUCAGCUGGGGAGAUGGAGAGCACCCCUUCAAGUCAUACCUGGACCUGGACAUCAGUUUCAGUGGAGAGCAGGCUGACCUCUAUAUGCAGAAAGCCAUCGUCAUGACUCUGUCUGCUGUUGACACUCUGAAGAGACUACUUUUUGUUGGAAACCUUUUUGAGUCCCUCAAGUUCCUGGCUCUGAUGUACUUUGUGACGUACCUGGGAGAACUGUGCAAUGGCCUUACUCUGCUCAUCAUCAGUGUGAUUGCUCUCUUUUCUCUGCCACUUUUCUACAGACAACGCCAGGAGCAAAUGGAAGGCUUUGUUGCAAAAAUCCAGGCCCGCAUUGACAACAUCAAGGACAUCUUUCGGAGACUUGCCCAAGGCGGCGGCCCUCCCCCUGACCCAACUCCUGGUGGAGCCAAACCCAAAGUCCAGUAAAGACUGACGAACAAGAACUUAAAGACAAGCUCCCAGAGUUACAGGCUGUCACUCAGAUGUCUUACCCACAGUCUGUGCUCAGAGAUCCAGAGAACAGAGCUUCAGAGACUGGGGAAGGGAAGGGAUGUUACUUAAACGGACGACGAUGAGGAUUACGCAUGGUACUUUAUACUCUAACUGUAUCUAAAUUGUGGGGUUAGAGGUCGGGGUUGGGUUAAAACUUAAUCAAGGUGUAUGAAUCUUGGAUGAGAUUGUUGCUGUUGACGUCAGAGAUGGAAAGACUCAGCGACACAGGUCAUGUGUGACCACCUUUGGAAAUAUUCAUUGUUUUUAAAAUGUAAAAAUGACUCAAGAAGUGUCUUAGAUGGAGCUGUAGUCCAAAUGUACUAAGACCAGAAAUGAGAGGUCAGUUUUUAAGGUGAUUUAGGCUGUAGGACAAAAAACCAAGGUCAUCAUUAUUCACGGCAGCAUAAAACUGGCAAAUAAGAAUGCAUGUGUCCGCACAUGUACUUUUCUGAGUGCAUACUCAUUCUUGUGACUGUUUAUCUGUGUGUAUGCAAGUAUGAGUGUGUUUGUGUGCUUGUAAGUUCUGACAUACCACUUGCUGAAAUGUUACCUAUAAGCAAUCAAAGCCGCAUUUCUUCUUUAUUUUCCACAAUUUUCAGUUUCUUCUCAUUCACUUGCAUUCACGUGAUCAUACAUUUGUUUUUUGUUUUGUUUUUUGUUUCCCCCCCCGGCCCUGGUCGUGCUUUUCUCACGUUACUUCAUUGCUUACACUUAGACUGGGUGCUGCUUUCCCUCAUUCAUCGAUGUAAAUGGAAAGUUGAAACAUAAUAUUCAGAAAGGAAAGGGAGUUUUGCAACAAGUUCAAAACUUGAGAUGUAUCAUAAAUGGAGUGAAAUUACAUGACAGGAAGUUCAUCAUUGUUCAGAGUUGUCAGUGUUGCUGUUGCUUUAUGAUUGGGUAGACAGAUGGUAAAAAGGUGUCAAUCCUCUCUGAGCUCUUAAUGUGUUUAUCUCCAGCCUUGGAGGAAACUUGUGAAGGAAUGUGGGAGUGAAAUACAGCAGGUGCCUUUUCUAACUGCAGGUUAUAGUGCAUGAUCUGAUUCACAGUACUUUACAGCUGACAAACGCUUACAGCAAAUUCUCCUCCCAUAACAAACCACUUCUCAUAUUUACCUGACCAUUGCCUUCCUGAAAACGGUGUUUUGUACGUCUACAAUACAUGUGUGAUAGUACAUGUGUACCAUUACAAGGUAUCUUAUACAAAAUUGUAAGUAGAUACAUUUUAGGAUUAAUAAAAUUAUUCAGGAUACACAUUUCCCUUAUAGCAGUUGCUUUUAAAGCUCUCACCAAAAUGUGUCUGUUCUUAUGCGUUAUUGUUGCAUAAUUUACCUGUGUCCUGCAGUGAAAGCCUUGUUAUGUUAUCAGACAUGAUCCAUGACAUCAUGUGCUGCUUAGUAUUGGACCUCCAGUAGUUGCACGCACACUGGCCUUCUUUCUAAUACAAAUUAAUUUUUUUGUCAUGGAUUUCUUCCAAGAGGAAAAUCAGGAAAGUAAAUGGAGAUAGCAAUGAAAUUACAGGCACUAAUUCCCUCGUCUAUCCACACAACUUGAGACAAACAAAUAGGUUCAUUCCCUGAGAUCUGUAUCGUCGAAUUAUAUUUGAACAAAACUGUUGUUAAUACUGUUGUCAAACUCAUCACU